AGCCAAGCCCCUCCCCGCGCCGGAUGGCUGCGGGGAUCACGUGUUGUCUGUUUUUCAAUAAACCUACUCCGCGCACCGGGUCUGUUUCCGUGUCGCGGGCGGAGUCGAGGGGGGGGCCGGGAGCCCGCGCCUCCGGAUGACGUCACCCGCGUUUUCGGCAGGCGUGGGCCGAGCCCCGGCGGGUCGCGUCACUGUUAGGCGCCGCGGGUCCGGGCGCGAUGGCGGCGCUGGGCGGGGAUGGGCUGCGCCUGCUGUCGGUGUCGCGGCCGGAGCGGCAGCCCGAGUCGGCGGCUCUGGGCGGUCCGGGUCCCGGGCUGUGCUGCUGGGUGUCCGUGUUCUCCUGCCUCAGCCUCGCCUGCUCCUACGUGGGCAGCCUCUAUGUCUGGAAGAGCGAGCUGCCCAGGGACCACCCGGCCGUCAUCAAGCGGCGCUUCACCAGUGUCCUGGUGGUGUCCAGUCUGUCGCCCCUUUGCGUGCUGCUCUGGAGGGAACUGACAGGCAUCCAGGCACAUCCCUGCUCACGCUGAUGGGCUUCAGGCUGGAGGGCAUCUUCCCAGCAGCACUGCUGCCCCUGCUACUGACCAUGAUCCUUUUUCUGGGCCCACUAAUGCAGCUCUCUAUGGAUUGUCCCUGUGACCUGGCAGACGGGUUGAAGGUUGUCUUAGCCCCUCGUUCCUGGGCCCGCUGCCUCACGGACAUGCGCUGGCUGCGGAACCAAGUGAUCGCACCCCUGACAGAGGAGCUGGUGUUUCGCGCCUGCAUGCUGCCCAUGUUAGCACCGUGUACUGGCCUGGGCCCUGCCGUGUUCACCUGCCCGCUCUUCUUUGGAGUCGCUCAUUUCCACCACAUUUUUGAGCAGCUUCGUUUCCGCCAGAACAGUGUGGGGAGCAUCAUCUUGUCUGCAGUGCCGGGACAGGAGGGGCCUGCAGGUGUGGUUACGCGGCCUCCCCGUCUCCAGCGUUCCAGUUCUCCUACACAGCUGUCUUCGGUGCCUACACUGCUUUCCUCUUCAUCCGUACAGGGAAUGAGGGUCAUUGGCCCUGGAAGACGCUGGGGCUGCUCCAGGCGCUGCUCUGUCUCCCCGCCUAGGACACCUGAUCGGGCCGGUCCUCUGCCACUCCUUCUGCAAUUACAUGGGCUUCCCCGCCGUGUGCGCCGCGCUCGAGCAUCCACAGCGGCGGCCCCUACUGGCAGGCUAUGCCCUGGGUGUAGGACUCUUCCUGCUUCUGCUCCAGCCCCUCACAGACCCCAAGCUCUACGGCAGCCUUCCACUGUGUGCGCUCCUGGAGCGGGCGGGGGACUCAGAGGUGCCCCUGUGCUCCUGACCCCUGCUCCUGUACACACUCGUGUGAACUCUCAUGGGCUCCCAGCCCCUCCGCAUCGAGGGGGACUGCAGGGGAGGAGCUGGCUGGGGUCCCCGAGAUCUCAGGAAUUUUGUAGGGGAUUGAAGCCAGAGCUAGUUGAAUCCCAGGGACCAAGAGAAAGGAGCGGCUAUCCAAAGGGUGCGGCCCCUCUCGAAAGGGAUGAGGAGCAGCUGGGAGUGAGGGGACAAGAAGAUCCCAGGAGCCGAGCGCCGCCCUCCUCACUUUGGACUGCUGCUUCUCUGAGCUCCUCUGCCCUGAAAAGCUGCUGGGGGUGCAAUUUACAGAACGCCUCCCCCCAACUUCCCAGGGUUUUCUCAUUGUCUUUUUGCAUCAGGAACUUUGUAUUGGGAUAUUAAAGAGAUUUAACUUGGGUAAGAUGGCCUUGGACCUUUGGGAAUUUAGUCUAUUUGGGUUCUUGGGAGUGUGCCCACCACCUGUCCGUGCACAUUGAACACUAAUCUCUGGGCAAGUCAGCUUGGUGGGGACAGUUCCCAAGAGUAGGGGACAAGACGGGGGAGCAGAGUUCUGGCUGCCUUGGGUCUCGCAGCUUCCUCCUUCCUGAGCCAGGCCCCAAGUCCUAACAGAGGUGGGCCUGGGACUGCAGGUACCAGGUGUGGGCCCAGCUCAUCUUGGGGCCUGUGCCUUGGCUACCAGUGUCAGGAAAUGGGAUGCAGGGCCCUGCCCCCAGCGAUGGAGCCUCCAACCUAUACCCUCGGACACAGUGGAGGCUCCACUGUGGGGCCCCCAUCAGGAUCACCCCAGAGUCUACCAGCCUCAUAUUACACAAGAGGAAAUAGAUCCAAAAUGGAAAACGAAGCAGG